AUGUUGUCCUCUCCUACUGUCAUCCUGCAGCCUUACGGACUGCCCAUCUACCCACAGGCCUCCUGCUACCCCAGCCUGGUGCAGGGUGCUCCUGCCCAGGAAGCAGGGCCAGGCAGUGGUGAUCCGGUCCUCCCUCAGGUUUAUGCUGCACCUCCUUCAUACCCACCACCAGGACAAGCCCCACUCACACCUGCUACCAGACUCCCACCUUUAGAUUUUAGCUCCGCCCACUCCAGCUCUGAUUACCCCGAGCACCAUCAGCUACUAGUGUAUCCAAGUGCACAGCAUGAGGGGGCAGAGUCUUUACCAGCUAAUACCACGGAUGAAGGUCUGGCUUCUGUGACCUCUGACUCACAGCCACUGAGUGUAUCUGUUGCAACAGUGGGCGGAGCAGGAAGUGGUGGCGAGGAUGAUGGGUCUGGAAAGGCUCAACCCAAACGCCUUCACGUCUCCAAUAUUCCCUUCAGAUUCCGUGACCCGGAUCUGAGGCAAAUGUUUGGGCAAUUUGGUACAAUUCUGGAUGUCGAAAUCAUUUUUAAUGAGAGAGGGUCAAAGGGUUUUGGGUUUGUGACAUUUGAGAAUGCAGCUGAAGCUGAUCAAGCUCGUGAGAAACUCAACGGGACCAUCGUAGAAGGGAGAAAAAUCGAGGUAAAUAACGCCACAGCCAGAGUGGUAACAAAGAAACCACAGACUCCCCUUGUUAACGCUACAGGAUGGAAGAUUAACCCCAUGAUGGGGGCGAUGUACGCUUCUGAACUCUACACCGUUGCCAGUUUUCCGUAUCCUGUUCCCACGGCAGCUUUGGCUUAUAGAGGCGCUACCUUAAGAGGGCGUGGUCGUGCUGUGUAUAAUACAAUUCGCUCAGCUGCUGCAGCAGCCACGCCCACUGCUGUUCCAGCCUAUCCAGGGGUGGUGUAUCAGGAUGGCCUGUAUGGAACUGAAGUUUAUGGAGGAUACCCCGCAGCGUACCGAGUGGCUCAGUCUCCUUCAGCUGCAGCUACAGCCGCUUACAGUGACGGGUACGGACGAGUAUAUGCGACUGAUCCCUAUCAUCACUCAGUCGGUCCAACCACCACAUAUGGAGUCGGCACCAUGGCCAGUUUGUAUAGAGGAGGCUACAACCGCUUCACUCCAUACUGAUCCCGACAUCACUCGGACUUUUCUGACUGCUGAUGGAAAAGACUGUGACUGUACAGCCGUAUUUAUUCGUCCAGUCUGAACCUGUGUGUGAAAGAGUGUGUGAUUAACAAACUGAAUUGAUCAAAGGUCAAACCGUGAGAUUUAAUCCAGCCAAUGACAUGGUGCUAGCAAUGCUAACAUUUUAGCACAGUGAUAAUGCAUAAUGCUAACUACUGAUGAACUACUGUAAGUAAGAAAAAAUACUUUAAACUCGACAAUGCUU